AUGGAAGAAUCACGACCGAUGAGGCGGAAGGACACCACCAAGGGCCCGCCGCUGCGCAUCCUCUCGCUCGAUGGCGGCGGCAUCCGAGGCUAUUCCAUGCUCAUCAUCCUGCAAGAGCUCAUGCACCGGACGUUCGUAGAAACGGAGGGCCGAGCGCCCAAGCGGCACGAAAUCCCCAAGCCCUGCGACCAUUUCGAUCUCAUAGCGGGGACGGGGACGGGCGGACUGAUCGCCAUCAUGCUGGGCAGGUUGAGGCUGGACCUGGAUACCUGCAAAGAGGUGUACGUGCGCAUGACGAGGAGGGUCUUUGAGACGGACAAGACCUUUCUGGGCAUGCCGUACAAGGGCACCAUGUUCAAGGCGAGCAAGUUGGAAGAAGUGAUUCGAGAGGUCGCGAGAGAGCACACCGUCUUCGAUGACGAGGGGAAUGACGCACUCGCAAAUGCCACACCCAUGACUCCAGCCACGCCUACGAGCGCCAGCACGGGCGCACCUCAGAGAUCGAUGAGCCAGAGCAGCAGGUAUAGCGGUAGCAGCAGGUAUAGCCAGAUGAGCGUGGGCCCCAUGAGCGGCAGCCGCGGUAUGGGCUCUCUGCACCUCGGCAACCCGAAUGCUCUGCUAUAUGACACGAGGGAGAAUCGGACCAAGACCGCCGUCACGGCGGUCUUGAAGGGCACAUCCGUAAUCACGCUUCUGAGAUCCUACGACUCCCGGAAAGAACCCGCACCCGACGUCAACUGCACCAUCUGGCAAGCCGGCCGGGCGACUUCGGCCACCCAGAUGGCUUUCAAGCCCAUCCAAAUCGGGCAGUCCUUGUAUCUGGAUGAAGGUGCCGGGAAAUACAACCCUUCGCCGCAGAUUCUAGAUGAGGCGGUGCAGAACGAGUGGCCCGGCCGAGAAGUCGGGAUCUUCGUGAGCAUCGGGACCGGCAAACGACCCCCUGGCACCGGAGCAAGACAACACGAAUGGUGGGAGGACUUCCUCGGGGGAAGCAUGGGCGAUUUCGCCGAGGCAAGGAGGAGGUUGAUCAUGAAACUGGAAGGAUGUGAGGAAUCUCACCGAUACAUGGUCCGAGAGCAUCUUGCGGCGAGAGGAGUGAGCCCCGAGAACUACUUCCGACUGAAUGUCGAGAUCGGCGUGGGCGAGUUCGGCAUGAACGAAUGGCAUCGAUUGUCGGAGAUCAGCACCAACACGAGAUCCUAUCUCUCCAAGAACGACGUGCAAGCGCUCAGUCUGGGGGCAGCGGCGAAGCUGGCCAAGAUCCACAUAACCCGAACCCGCCAUGAGCGAGCGGAAGCCAGGAGAGCAGCUGGACACGACGGACUUGGAUUCGGAAAUGGCCAGUGGCAGCAGCAGCAGCAGCAGCAGCAGCAGCACAAUCCGUGGGAGAGACCACUCCCGACAUCGCCAGCUCCGACUCAAUUCGCCGUCGAACUACCGGGUGACGACACUUUCCGCCCGGGACAACACUUCGACAAUCAUCGCUCCAGUGCCGGGGAAUCGUAUCCCAUGGGCCCGGAUUCCUACUACAUCCAUCGAGCGGACCAGAAAUUCCGACAACAACAACAACACCACCACUCCCCGUCAGCGAACUCCGUACGUCCCCCUUCGGAACACCAAUCCCUCCGCUUCUCCAGCGACGCCUAUCAGGUCGGCCCCGGCUCGCCCCGGCACAGCCAGGAAUCCGCAUUCCCAUCAUCACCACCACCACCACCACCCCCCGUGCCCCCCAAGACGCCCGUCAACGCCGCGGCAAAUGGGCUGCCGUAUCCGGACUCGCCGCAGACCCCGCCGCCAGCAGCAGCAGCAGCAGCAGCAGCAGCGGGAGGAGGAGCACCGCGAACUUUCAUGAACAUGGGCGAACUGGGGAGGAAACUACCCUACCCGGACGUCCAGGGACCGCCUCCGCCGGUGAAUAUGGAUAACAAACCGACCAUGACGCAAUGA